AUGAGAACGAAGCUUAAUGCUUCUGUGGUUUCUGAAUUUUUCAACUUUGCACUCUGGACUGGUUCCGAGGCGCAUUCACGCUUGUCUUCGUAUGUUCCUAAGGAGGAUGAGCAUGAUAUGGAGUUCUGUCGAUACCUCUUUUACCUGGGAGAAAUCCGAACAAUUCAGUUAGAGUACACUGAUGCUAAAGAGUCCCUUCUUCAAGCCGCCCGGAAAGCACCUGCUUCGGCUCUCGUUUUUCGAAUCCAAUGCAACAAGUGGGCCGUCAUUGUCCACUUACUGCUCGGAGAAAUUCCAGAGAGAACCGUUUUAGAGCUUACAAAUGCUGUCCGGAUCGGAGAUCUCGAGCUUUUCAAGAAGAUAGCCGACAAAUAUACGAGCACUUUCACGGCCGACCGUACAAACAACUUGAUCGUUCGGCGGAGGCACAACAUUAUCCGAGCGGGACUUCGCAACAUCAGCAUCUCAUACUCACGCAUCUCACUCACCGAUAUUGCUGCAAAGCUGCGGCUCGACUCUCCGAGCCCCGUUGCAGAUGCAGAAUGCAUUGUGUCAAAGGCAAUCCGAGAUGGGGCCAUUGAUGCCAUGCUGGACCGGGCUAGCGGGUCGAUGGUUUCAAAGGAAACGGGUGACAUAUACUCGACAAACGAGCCUCGGGCUGUGCUAAACUCUAGAAUUGCCUUUUGUUUGAACAUGCAUAAUGAGGCUGUUCGGGCCCUGAGAUUCCCGCCUAACUCGCACAAGGAGAAGGAGAGUGCGGAAAAGAGGAGGGAAAGGCAGCAACUGGAAAGUGAUGUAUUUGAACAAAACAUGACUCCACGACUUGAUAUUAUAACCUCUCAACUUGAGAACAAGUAA